GGAGGCCCAAUGGAGACGACGGACUGCAUCAUGAAACUUACAAUGGGGAUUCUGUACAGAAAGAGUGACACCUUUUCAGAAGCAUGUCACUUCCUCUCAGUUCCUGCGGCUGGGAACUUGCUGGACGUCUGAAUCUUCUGCUGACAGAAGCAGAAAUGAUAUGGCUCACUUGGAGGGCAAUCCGACUACAGAGACUUUCCUGGCUGUUGCAGUGGCCUCUGAAUAAAGUUACUUUUGAUAAAGAGGCUUCUUCCAUGGCAUGAAUCCUCAUUUGCUUCCAGGAUCCAAAGCUUAAAGAAGAAAAAGCCUGAGGAUCAGGACACUUAAAGGAGUAAAGAAGUGAUUUGAGUUCCUGUGAGGAACAGAAUUAUCUACUUACAUUUAUACAGUGCUGUUUUAGAAAACUAGCCUCUAACCAAGAAUAAAAAUUGUUGUCAGAAUAAUAUGCGAACAGAUCAUGAAGAACUCUGUGGCACCAGUUAUGGACCUUUUUGCCUAAAUGGCGGGAUUUGUUAUAUGAUCCCUACUGUAUCCAGUCCAUUUUGCAGGUGUAUUGAGAACUAUACAGGAGCCCGUUGUGAAGAAGUUUUGCUACCUAGUCUCAAGACCCAAAUUAAAAGUGAACCGUUUGCAGCUUUCUUGGCUUCGGUUGUUGUUCUAGGAAUUCUUGUAAUUGGAACAUUCUACUUCCUUUGCAGAGUCAAGAUGGUGAGGUAUUCACUGAGCUCUUCAAAAGAAGGAAGGUCCACAUUCGAAGGGCCAGCUCAACAGAGCGUGGUGUCAGCCUGGUUGAGACUACCAGCAGCAAUGGCUGCAACAAGAUAACAGAAUAAAGCAAUAAAACAGGAACUAUGGGAGAACAACAUGCAGAGGAACCAUAACAACAGAACAGGCGCUGUGGAGGGUCUGGUAACCAGGAUGAACAAAGAAGAAAUUAGAAACAAAUAAAUCGGCUAAUGUACUGGGAGAAGAUGGCACAUAGAUCAUAAUAGGGAAAAAUAGUUACAUUUAUCAGAGUGCCUGAUUAUUUUCAAAGAAGGGAAGUCACAUUGUAGAGAAAUCAUUAGAACCAUUUUUGAAUCUUCUGUGAGCUUUCCCCUGACAAAUGUAUUGCAGACUCUCUACAGCCAAGUAGUUCUAUCUGGGAGUUCUUUCUUUUUCCAAUGCAAAGACAGGGAGCAUGAGAAUCUUUGAGGUAUUUCACCAUGUAAAGAGUAUAUCAUUUUAGAGGUUUUCACGAGAUCGUCCCCUUCUCAUAGGAAAGUCUGGAAGCAGCACAAAGAGGUCAAGGGAUUCUCUCAAUCCAGUGGUUUCAAAACAUAUCUGGGAUAUAUGUUCAGAAUUUGGCUGACUUCAGACAUACUCAUCAGAUGUGGAUAAAAGGGCCUCUCCCUCCACUUUCUCUCCAGCUGAUAUAAGACCUACAUUUUUGUUUUAAAUAGUGAUUCAAUGGUUCCUCACACGGUCUUGAAACAUCACCUUGUUGGCCAGCCUCCUAGCUAAGAGACUUCAACUUGAAGUAAAACAGUGUUAAAAUGAGGAAAUUCAUAACAGUUAAAGAAAAUCUACUGGGCAGAGUAAUUACCCUGUGCUUGGUAUAUGCUCCUAACACUGGACAAAGAGCCUUUCCCAAUGCUAUUCUUCCUGUCCUGACAUUUUCUUCCGAGGAUCUCAUUGUUGAGGGAGAUUUAAAUCUCACCUCAAAUCCUACAGUUGAUAGAUCAGACAGUGGAAAGGAGGAACCCAAUUCCCCUGGCUCAUAUUUGAAACAAAAUCUUUCCCAGCUCAGUCUACUGGAUUCAUGGAAGAAUGUGAAGCCAUUUGUGAGGGAUUAUUUGUUUUAUUCAUAUCCCCAUUUGCUGUUCAUGCAAAUAGAUUAUAUAUCUUUGUCUGCUUGCUUAAAGGAUUUUCUAACUGAGGCAAAGAGAGGUGAAUUUACAUGGUCAGUCCCUCUUCCUAUCAUGACAACACUUAAAGAUUUGUUUGGUUGUAGGAGGCAUAGCAACUGGGACCUGAAUAAUCCAUUAUUUGAAAACUUUAUAGUAUUGAAUGAUGUAAUUAGCAAAACCAAAAUUUCUUUCAAUAAUGAUAAAAAUGGAAACAUAUGUACCAAUACACUAUGGAAGGUUUAUAAGGCAGUAUUGAGGGGGAAAUUAAUUGAGAUAUUCUCUAGAAUUAAAAGGGGAAAAAAUACAGAAGACAAGUUUCUUCACUCUGAAAUAAAAAAAUUAGGGAAGUUGCACAAAAAGACAGAUGCAAGGAAAACGCUGGCUAAACCUCCCUUCCUUAGAGGACAGCUCUCUGUUCUGUGGCCAGAAAAAAGAGACUGUGUUGUAUAUCAGUUUAAACAAAAGUACAAUGGGAUGGGAAAUAAGGGCCAUAACAAUUCAGCAUAUAGGCUAAGACAGGAAAAAGAAAAAAAUACUAUGAUUGGUAUCAGAGAACACAACAGUGAGAUGCACCAUCAUACAAGUUCUUACACUGGAAAAUCUGGGCUCCCAGUUAUACCUGAACAUCUACAGAAAGAAUCUGAGGAAGUCAAAUCAGUCAUUAAAAAUAUGCUCUCAAGUAAAGCACCUGGUAUGGAAAGGUUCUCAAUUGAACUGUACAAGUCUUUGACUUAUCAGUUUUCCCCCAAACGUCUAAGUAAUUUUCAGGUCUUCAAAACAUUAGCAGAUAUGAAGAAAUCAAUCAAUAUUGCUGUGAUUUUAAAGGCCAAAAGAUAUAAGAUUGAAUGUACUUCACAUAUGCACAUCUCAUUGUCAAAUAUAGAAUUUAAGAGUUUUGCAAAGGUGUUGACAGAAUCAUUUACACUUAAAAUAACUAGUAUAUAUCAAAUGGGAUUUAAUCAGGGAAGCCAGCUAUUAGAUAACAUUCGUAGGUUACAGGUUGUGAUCCAUUCAAGCCUAUCAAAGGUAAGGAGGUCAGGUAUGGUACUUUCACUAGAUGUGGAAAAAGUCUAUGAACAAGUUAAAUGGAAGUUUAUGAAGGGACUAGGUCUAGAAAGUAAAAGAAAAAAAUGGACUGAAAUCUUAUACCAAUCUAUAAAAGCUAAAGAAAGAGUCAGUAAUAAAUAUUCAGAGCCUCUCUCAUUUCGUAGAAGCCUAUGGCAAAGUUGUCCACUAUUCCCCACCUUGUUUAUAUUAACCAAGAAACCAUUUGCACAGAAAAUUAGAAAAAUUCAACAAAUACAGGAUUUAAAUGCAAAGAAGUCAAUCCAUAAUAUAGCGUUCUUUGUGGAUGAAGUCCUAUUCAUGACUGCAGAAUCCCUCAAAAGAAUGACAUUUAGGGAGGUCAUAGGUUUUAAAA